UUUAUUAGGAAAAUUUGAAUUAAUGGGAAUUCCACCAGCUGCACGCGGUAUACCACGAAUUGUUGUAAAAUUUGAUGUUGAUGCUAAUGGUAUAUUGAAUUGUACAGCUAAAGAUGAAUCUACUGGAAAAAGUACAAAUAUCACAAUUCGUAAUGAAAAAGGACGAUUAUCAAAGUUAGAAAUUGAACGAAUGAUAAAUGAUGCUGAAAAAUUUAAAGAAGAAGAUGAAACGGCAAGACAUCGUGUUCAUUCAAGAAAUACAUUAGAAAGUUAUUUAUAUAAUGUAAGUUCAGUUGUUAAUGAUUAUAGUGAAAAAUUCAACGAUAAAGAUAAACAAACAAUUGAUCAAAUAUUAAAAGAUAAAUUGUAUUGGAUUAAAAACAAUCAAAAUGUGAAUAGUGAGAUAUAUGAGAGCACUUAUAAAGAAGUUGAAUUAGUUGUGGGUCCAAUCAUGCAAAAAUUGUAUCAGAAUUCAAAUGGUAAUGGCGUCAGUGGACCUAAAAUAGAAGAAGUUAAUUAA